AUGUUGCCAGACGAUGAUGAUCCUCUCUUAGAUCCAACAGAGUAUAUGUCUAUUUUUGGUUUAUUAGAACAUCUCACCUGGACAAGGCCUGAAAUUCGCUUUGUUGUGAAUCAAAUUUGUCAGUACACGCAUGCUCCCACUACUUCUCAUCUUGUUGCAGCUAAGAGAGUUUUGAGAUGCAUUAAAGGUAAUUUGGAUCAUGGUAUUUUCUUCAAAAAGGGUUUUACUACAAUUCAAGUCUUUACAGAUGCAGAUCGGGCUGGGAGUCCCUCAGAUAGAAAAUCAAUUAGUGGAUAUCGUGUUUUCUUUGGUGUUAAUCCAGUUAGUUUUUCUGCUAAGAAGCAACCGACCGUUUCAGUUCUUCUACAGAGGCUGAGUACAGGUCUCUGGAUUCUACAACAGCUGAAGCUUUGUGGAUUUGUCACUUGCUCAAAGAUCUUCAUGUGUUUGUCUGAUUCACCUACUAUUUCUUGUGACAAUAAGAGCUCCAUUGUUAAUUAUGCUUCUUCUAUGGACCGGGCAACUGAUAUCUUCACCAAGGGUCUUGCUCCUCCCAGAUUUGAGUUUUUAAAGUCCAAGUUGAAAGUGUUAUCUGUAUUUCAACUUGCGGGAGGGUCAUGA